UUGGCUGAAGAUCCUGUUGGAUCUCUUCCCAUAAUGGAAGCGUGAGUGCCAAGAUCCUCCAUGACCUCCAGAAGCCACAACUCCUUACCGAGAACUCUGAUGGCUCCACGAAUGCUUUCCGAAGGUGCCCUCGGGGGCAUCGCCCAAAUCACCCCCUCGCUGUACCUGAGCCGGGGCAGCGUCGCCUCCAACCGGCACCUGCUCCUCUCCCGGGGAAUCACCUGCAUCAUCAAUGCGACCAUCGAGAUUCCCAAUUUUAACUGGCCCCAGUUUGAAUACGUGAAAGUGCCUUUGGCUGACAUGCCCAACGCCCCCAUCUCCCUGUACUUCGACAGCGUCGCCGACAAGAUAAACAGCGUGGCGCGGAAGCACGGGGCCACCCUAGUCCACUGUGCCGCCGGCGUGAGCAGGUCGGCCACCCUCUGCAUCGCCUACCUGAUGAAGUACCACAAGGCGUCCCUCUUUGAGGCAUACAACUGGGUCAAAUCGAGACGCCCCGUUAUACGCCCCAACGUGGGCUUCUGGAGGCAACUGAUAGACUACGAGAGGAAGCUCUUUGGGAAGACGACGGUUAAAAUGGUACAGACACCAUAUGGCAUCAUCCCAGACGUUUAUGAGAGAGAGAGGAGACCCCUGAUGCCUUACUGGGGAAUUUAAUGGGACUGCAGACAGGAAGCACAACAGAAGGGAUGCGCUGUUCUGAGUCGGC